CAGCCUAAAGUUGUUGGACAACUUGUUCUAUUUGAUCUUCCGUUUGUGCACGUCGAGUCGAUUGCAUUAGUCGAAACCGGGCGGACCACGUGAAGGUUGCAAUCUUCCACCCCAGGGGGUAGACUGUGUGAGGGGGAGACUGAGGCGCCACCAUGAUCCACAGCCUGUUCCUGAUCAACACGGCGGGCGACAUCUUCCUGGAGAAGCACUGGAAGAGCGCGGUCAGCCGCUCGGUCUGCGACUACUUCUUCGAGGCGCAGGAGCGGGCGAGCGAGGCGGAGAACGUGGCGCCGGUCAUUCCCACCCCGCACCACUUCCUCAUCAGCGUCUACCGGCAUCGCAUCUUCUUCGUGGCCGUCAUACAGAGCGAGGUGCCGCCGCUCUUUGUCAUCGAGUUCCUGCACCGGGUGGUGGACACGCUGCAGGACUAUUUUGGGAGCUGCUCAGAAGUGGCCAUCAAAGACAAUGUUGUGGUUGUGUAUGAGGUGCUGGAGGAGAUGCUGGACAAUGGCUUUCCCCUGGCGACCGAGUCCAACAUCCUCAAGGAGCUGAUCAGACCUCCCACCAUCCUUCGCACUGUUGUGAACACCAUCACUGGCAGCACGAAUGUUGGGGACCAUCUGCCCACAGGGCAGCUGUCCGUGGUGCCUUGGCGACGCACUGGCGUUAGAUACGCCAACAACGAAGCCUACUUUGAUGUGGUUGAAGAGAUCGAUGCCAUCAUUGACAAAUCAGGUUCAACAAUAUUUGCUGAGAUACAAGGUGUUAUUGAUGCCUGUGUGAAGCUGACUGGAAUGCCAGAUCUCACCCUCUCAUUCAUGAAUUCUCGACUCCUGGACGAUGUCAGCUUCCAUCCCUGUGUCCGUUUCAAGCGCUGGGAAUCGGAGCGAAUCCUUUCUUUCAUUCCACCGGAUGGGAAUUUCCGUCUCCUGUCCUACCACGUCAGUUCCCAGAAUUUGGUGGCCAUUCCCAUCUACGUCAAGCACAACAUCAACUUCCGGGACGGCAGCUCCACGGGACGAUUCGAGGUCACCAUCGGGCCGAAGCAGACGAUGGGCAAGGUGCUGGAGGGGACUAUCGUGACCAGCCAGCUGCCAAAGGUGGUGCUGAACGUGAAUCUCACCUCCACGCAAGGGAACUUCACCUUUGACCCAGUAACCAAGGUCCUGUCGUGGGAUAUUGGGAAGAUCAAUCCUCAGAAGCUGCCCAGCCUGAAGGGUUCCAUGAGCCUGCAAGCAGGCACUCCCAAACCUGAUGAGAACCCCAACAUUAAUGUCCAGUUCAAGAUCCAACAAUUGGCCAUUUCAGGUCUGAAGGUAAACCGACUGGACAUGUACGGAGAGAAAUACAAACCCUUUAAAGGCAUCAAGUACAUGACGAAAGCUGGAAAAUUCCAAGUCCGCACAUAACUCUGAAGGCACUUGCUCCUUGCAGCGGUGAGAGAGAGAUCCGUUCUCCACCAGCCUGCUUCCUGGUUGAAAUCUCCCCCGUUUUCUUUAUUGUCGCUUCUUGCCUUUUGUAUCCACGCUGCACUUACGAAGACUCUGGCGUGGAGUUGGCCAUCGUUGUUGUCGGUACAUCCAGCGGCUUAACCUUGUAGGUCGAGCUCUUGACCCCAUGUUUGCUGUGACCAAACGGCCUCUGUUGCAGCACCUCCUGUAUGCCUGGUCUGUGGAUGUUCGUGGGAUUCCUGAACUGUGUGCCGCUGCACGACAUGGUGUCUGGGGGCAAAUUUCCAAAUGUGUGUGCCCCGUGGUAAACCUAAUGUCAGUCUCUCUCACACAACUUUGUCUUUCGCUACAACCUUAGCAGACAGCAGCCGUGUCUAAAGCAAGUAAUGUCAGAGCUGAAAAUGUGUUGUGUGGUGCUAUUAUUACAUCACAUGAAUAUAAAAGAAGCAUUUAUGAAUCUAGCCACAACUUUGUUGUACCUAUUCCCCACCUUCUGUAUUGGCACUGUAACCUAAGUUCAAUAUAUUAGAAGGUUGUUUUCCUAGGGUGCUCGUUCUGUUUUAUGCUGUUACCACCACUCACAAGGGAACACCUUUUUCAUAUGACCUCUUCAGCUUCACUAAUAUAGAACAGAAGAUGCUGGCAAUGCUCAGCGGGUCAGGAAGCGCUGGUGGGAGAGGAACAGAGUUAACGUUUCGGGUUAGUGAGUUCUCCUCCAUUCUGUUGAAGGGCCUAAAACACGAGCUUGGGUAUUUCUCCACACACACUGCCCUACCUGCUGAGAAUUUCCAGCCUUUUUCUGCUUUUAUAACCAUGUGCAUCAUCUGUGGUAUUUUUAGGGGGGGGGGGGGGGGGUUGUAUUGCAGUGUAAUCCUGAUUUCCCAGCUGUUGAGUAGACAUUGUUGUUCAUGGGGCAACAAUCAAUGUUUCACUGCCCAGAGUUGCUCAACUGACAGACACACCCCUGCAAAUCUUCUCCGGGCAAUCUAAGUGCAAUGCUGUCUUGACAUUGAAGUAUCAGCAACUGCUUGGUACAUUCCUAAAUGUGGGCACUGUCUGUUUUGCAAUGAAGUGAUUAUGUUAUUCUGUUUGUUUUCCAACUCUUUCCAGACCUGUGGUGGAGCAUUGUGUUGCUAACUGUGUGUGUUUGUUUUAAUCACAAUCAGGCCCAACCUUCAGCUAAACUCUUGUCACUGGAGGAGGGAGGGGGGUGGGGGAAGAAAAAAUCAAGAUCCUAUUCCCUUGCACAGAAGCAAGAAUUCGUAUGCUGUAAUUCAGCUUUGGUCCGUCUAAUUUUCCCCUCCCCAUUACCCUGGCAGAGGAAGAGACCGACAAUGCGAUAGACACAAAAAGCUGGAGUAACUCAGCGGGUCAGACAGCAUCUCUGGAGUAAAGGAAUAGAUGAUAUUUUGGGUCGAGACCCUCCUUCAGACAGAGUCAACACAAAGGGAAACGAGAGAUAUAGACGAUGAUGAAGAGAUAUAGAACAUUGAAUGAAAGAUAUGCAAAACGUAACACGGAUUAAGGAGAAGUGUAGCUUUUUGGAUAUCUUUCAUCAUUUGUUCUAAUUCUCUCGACAUCAUCGUCUGUAUCUCUUGUUUCCCUUUCCCCUGACUCUCAGUCUGAAGAAGGGUCUCGACCCGAGACGUCAUCUAUUCCUUUUCUCCAGAGAUGCUGCCUGACCCGCUGAGUUGCUCCAGCAUUUUGUGUCAAUCUACGGUAUAAACCAGCAUCUGCAGUUCUUCCUUACACAAAGCUGUACUGGGAAGCAGUGUUACCUUCCUGCUCAUACUCCCCAGAAACUGUUGCGUUGGUUCAGGUUUGGUGUAGUGGGUUUGCAUUGAGUCCCACUCUAAUGAUAUAAUGCCAGUUAUUCUAUAGCCCACCUGUGUGCAUGUGGGGAAACUGGUGUGUGAUAACAAAAAAUAAGGCUAUGUGAAUGAAGUUUGGAAGUGCAAGACUUUUUUUGAAUAAGCUACUAAUCUAAGAAGGUGCUUGUUUAGGUUCAGACUCUCACCUUCAACCCGGGCGUGAAAUUAAGGUGUAGAUUUUAUGGACCAAGUGGCUAAUAUAAUUAUGGAGCACUACUGAUUGGACUGUGAUCAUGCAUAAGGUCCAGUGUUGACCUCAUUAUCCAACCUCUUUCUUCCCCAAACCCCCCCCCCCCCCCAAUUGUUUACGGUAACAUAGAGAAGGCCGGUGCUCGUUUUAUCUGCAUGUUGCUUCGCUAAAGGAAUGAGGCUUUGGCAUCUGCUGCUUGGAACCAGUACAUAGCGUGCCACGUUCCUUCAAAGUCUGGCACUCUGAGAUGUCUGAGCUCAACUCCAAGCAGCACAGCACAGUACAGGAACCUGAACAACUGCAAAUAUCUCCAAUCACAAACCGCUAACCAGAGGAAGCAGAUUUUUCUCCACAACGUUGCAUUCACCGAACUUGACGUCUAAACUUCAUCCUGAGGCCACAAUGAGGUGGAACUGAAUUUUUUAGUGUGUGCAAUACAUGCAGAUGGUACAGUGUGUUAAUUUAUUAUCUUUUUGGGUGUAUUUAAAAGAAUAUCUUUUGCACUGUUAUCUGAUAGUGUUAAUAGAGUACAAACGUAUCGUGGAGCAGGCAAGUUUGGCCUGGAAAGUGCAUCGAUGAAUGUUUAGCAUUAAAUAAAAUAAACCAUUGUUAUGACAAAA